AUGGAUAGCGUCAAUGUGUCGGAACUGGUUGCGCGCCUCGGCGCGGAGGAGGAGUCGGUGCGGAAGAUGGCGGUCUUCAAGCUGCAGAAUGCCAUUGGCGACCCCUCCUUCGCCGACGUCUUCAUAUACGAAGGCGGCCUGCCCAAGCUGCGCUUCCUGGCGCUGCACUCGACCGGCAACACCCUGGCCUACUGUCUGACCUCUCUCGCACGCCUGCUGGAGUUGGACAAGGGAUGGGACCAUGUCACGGACGAUCUGGUCGCGAGGAUCGUCGACCUCGUCGUCGCACAGCCUCUCGUCAACGUCAACCGCGGUGCCAUGUCGGUCCUCGCUGCCAUUGUCGGCCACCCCUCACACCGUAACUCCCAGGACGGGACCACGGGCUUCCAGCGCUUGAAGCCCGCCGUCGACUCUCAGCCCGACUUCCUACCCUCCCUCGUCGAAAAGAUCACCUCGGCCGACCACGCGCUAUGCGCAAACUCCCUACAGCUCAUCAACGCGCUCAUGCGAGACGCCAUCGCAAACGACGCGGCCUUUGAAUGGCCCAAGUUUAUCAAGCAGCUGCAGGAGCUGGGCGUGAUUAAGAGCGUGUACGGGCUUAUGCAGAGCUCUGCGAUACAGGAUCUGGCACAUCCACUACUCGACUUCCAAUCCUUGACCAAGAUACUGCUCAGGAACUGGAGGGAAGAGAAGGUUGACUUGGAGAACCCCGAUCACAGGAGGGCGAUCCGGGGUCUACACACGGCGAGUAAUCCAGAAAAGUCAGCAUCAGACCCCAAAGGAAGCAAGAAGCACAACCCGGAUAAAUGGAAGCGUCUGGGUUUCGAGACGGAAUCACCUGCGUGGGAGUUCGACGCGACUGGCUUCCUAGGCCUCAUGGACAUUACAGACUUUGUCUACAAGAACGAAGACGGGUUUCAGAAGCUCUUGCUGGAGCAGUCGGCAGAGCCACUCGAGCAGCGAUGCCCAAUCGCUCGCGCAAGUCUGUCGGUCACCCAGACCCUAUACGAACAUUUUGAGAUAGAUAAGCUCGACGAUGUGGACUCCCACCGGCCUACCGACUCGCGGGCCAACUUCGACCGCUCAUUCAAGCCCCUCCUGCUCCACUGGUCCAGGUUACAUACGAGUGGUCUGAGCGCCUUCAUCCGACUAUGGAAAGUAGCUGGCGCACAAACCGAGGACUUUGAGAAGAUCGAAGAGCUUGUCCGCAUCUUGAUCGAGCAGGUCGUGGGCCAGGCGCCACGCAUGAGGGAUGUCAAGGACGUGGAGGAAGAUCUGGCUGAAUUCGAGCUGAAACGCCUGAGAGAGCUUCAAAUGGAAGUACUGGAGCUGACCUACGAGGAUGCAUGGGGCCAUCAUCUCCGUCAGGUCCGUGACGAGCUCAACCACGAGGCUCUGCAGUUUGUAAAGGAGCAGCGUAUAAGAUGCCUGCUACAGGGCGCGUGGUUUCCAAUGGGUAUCGACUAUGGCACAAGUGCGGGUCCGGUAACCAGCAAGACCCUGAAUCGUUCUGUGCCCUCAUCAUGGCGUUUUGUCCGAUUGUCGCACAACCGGCGAUAUCUGCAUUACGCUGACUUUGACGAGAAGACGGCGACUGAGCCGAGGCUAGACACGCUGCAGGAGAAGAUCGAUCUAUCCAUUGUCUCUUCGGUGGUGAGCAAUGUCUCGGCUUCGGCGCCAUCGACCGCAUCGUCAGACAGUACGGUCACAACCCUGCCAGGCCACGAGCGGGCUUCGACGUCGACCAAGAUCACGAUCCACGGUUACCUGCCCCCGUCCAAUCACGCGCGGCAGGCGUCCAGCGGCUCAGGUGCAGGGCGAAAAGAAUCCGUCCUACUGCAUCUGCAUCCCCAGAGCCAUACCCUUGCUUCCGAGUGGCUUGAUGGACUGCUGAUGCUACUGAACCAACAGCCAAUUACCGCUGACACCAAUAAGUUGGUAACCUUCAUCGGCGGUUACGGGCUCAAGAUCCGUCUGCUCAACGUUCGCUACGAAGAUGUCGGGCUGGAGGAACCAGUGCUCCCCAGUCGUGAAGGACUGGAUGACGAAUACUACUCCCUCCGGUCGAUCCUCGAGAACAAAGUACACCAGCAUUGCUCAACCAAACGUUCACGACCAAGUGCCCGCCGCACCGCCCGGCCACGGCGUCAGGGCCGCCAUUCGCAGCGUCGUCCGCGCAAACCACGCCCCCAUGUGCCUGAAGCCAAACGUUGCGCCAUCGCCGACGUCGAGAUCCGAGCCGAAGCCAUGAAGAGCAAAGCCAAAGGGACUAUUCUGCCUCUGCGGCAGGCCGAAUUCGACGCCCUGCCGUAUUCAGUCCAGAGAAAGUACUUUUCAUCCCUGGAGCGUUUGCAGAUCGCCCAGCACGCCUCCGACGAGCCUACUACAUCAGGCCGCUCGUCCCAGGCCAGCACCGCUUCCAAAUCCCACCGGCCCUCGCUAUCUCUCGGCACCGGACGACGCAGACGCAAAUCCGAAAAGGCUGUGCACGCUCACGACAUCUCCCACAUUGACCUUGACUUCUUUCUCUCCUUGCCUGAAAAGGUACGCAAGCAGCAUUUUUCCCGCGAAGAGCAGGCCCUCCUCCAAGGCAGGCACGAACAGGCGUUCCUUCCCGACGACCAGGAUCCCGAGUGGGCACAACAACGCUUCAACGAUUUUCACUUCGACUUCUCUCACUCCACGCUCGACCUUCCGGAACGCGGCCGUUCACGACGUCGUUCAUCUUCGGCCUCUUCGACCGUCAGCCCUUCCCGUCCGACUUUCGGGCCUUCUUGUACAUCAAACACGGACAAGGACCGAAACACCCAUUUACUAUAUCUCGACACAAUGGCCACGCCCAUCUUCCAUCGGAGGGAAACUUCAACGGCAGACAUGAGACGAACCAUGUCCCUUACCUCGCACCCUGUCCGCCUUGGAUCUUCAUACAUAGCGGAUCCUCCACUCUUCAAUGCUCGGCCGAACCGACUCCAUCAGCGUGCCCACUCUUCUUCUCUUACAGGCCACAUAUCGCCGUCUACGCCGCCAACUCUCAUGAUCGAUCCCGAAGCGACACACUACCAGGAUCCCGAGGCGAGGAAAAAGCUGCGCAUGUAUCUUGCAUCGCCUCAAAAGUUCGAUGAAGCGAUUGAAUUCGGCUUCCCAUCGUCUGCUGGAAGCGACGCCGCUACACCCCACUUCCAGCUGCCACAAAUAGACAAUCAUGCUCGCAAGUUCAGCCGAGACAUGCACACCUUCCUGAGGGACGGACAGCUGUCGUUCUUCGAAGACCAUCCAAAAGAGAACCAGGGUCUGGAAUCUGAUGCCGGCUCUGUAGCCGACAUGGACUCACCCGCCACGCCCUCCAGCACCGGCCUGUCUUUUCGCAUGCACUCCCGCCAAAUCUCGCACCGCAAGUUCUCGGUCGAUUCGCCGGCUCCAUCGCCUGUCCACUCCGCCAAUGGGCAUUUUAAUCGCGAGAUGACGCUUCGUAUGACCUUGACCCGGCCCGAUUUACGAGCUGACGAAGAUCAACUGUAUGGCUGGCAAGGCUCAGGCUCAAGCUCAAGUCCCAAAACCUCGAAAGACGAUCCUCUGGCAUUGGAAGACCUUGUCUUCACUGACGACAUGACCGGCACCAAGGGCGCCUUCUACGUCAAGCCUAAACCGCGCGGAAACCUCGUGAGCCGCUUACUGAAGCGUGCCAGCCUCAAGGCCACCAGUCGCUGA